CACACACACGCACGCACGCACAGGCAGACACACAGACACAAACGCAGGGAUGACUUGGACUUGACAGAACACACUCGGCUCGUACACAUCGCCCAUGGAACGCACGCGCCAGACGAUCAGAAUGAAACGAUCCGAUCUGAGGUCUGAGUAGCACAGAAUUGCGCAGCUGAGUGAUCCGAGUCGCUCCCUUUGCGCCUUUGUUUGGCACUGACUGCAAAAACUUCCACUAGGAUGGCUUUGGUCAUGGAACCUGUAAGCAAGUGGACAACGAACCAGGUGGUGGACUGGAUGAAGGGUCUGGAUGACUGUCUCCAGCAGUACAUUAAGAAUUUUGAGCAGGAGAAGGUCGGAGGCGAGCAGCUGCUGCGCAUCACCCAUCAGGAGCUGGAAGAUCUCGGAGUUUCUCGCAUUGGCCACCAGGAGCUCAUCCUGGAAGCCGUGGACCUUUUGUGUGCACUGAACUAUGGUCUGGAGACGGAAAAUCUGAAGACUCUGUCCCAUAAACUCAACGCCUCUGCUAAAAACCUGCAGAACUUCAUAACGGGCCGCCGGCGAGGAGGUCACUAUGAUGGCCGAGCAACUCGCAAGCUCCCCAACGACUUCCUCACCUCCGUGGUGGAUCUGAUCGCUGCGGCUAAAAGCCUCCUGGCCUGGCUGGACAGGUGUCACGUCUUCCUCAGGUCUCCUUUUGCCGCAGUGGCUGAUUAUUCCCUGACCAGGAACAACGUUAUCCAGCUGUGUCUGGAACUAACCACAAUAGUGCAACAGGACAACACAGUGUAUGAAACAGAGAAUAAAAUACUGCACGUGUGUAAGAUGCUGUCUGAUGUGUGUGACCACAUUAUCACACUCUCCUCAGACCCUAUGGUGUCCCAGGCUGCUCACCUGGAGGUGGUGCAACUGGACAACAUCAAAUCAACGGAGGGGCUGGGCAUGUACAUCAAGUCGACAUAUGAUGGCCUGCAUGUCAUCACAGGGACCACAGAGGGGUCUCCAGCUGACCGCUGUAAGAAAAUCCAUGCUGGCGAUGAAGUUAUUCAAGUCAAUCAUCAGACAGUGGUGGGCUGGCAGUUAAAGAACUUAGUCAACUCUUUACGUAGUGACCCUGCUGGAGUUUCCUUAACACUGAAGAAACGUCCUCAAAGCACUCUUACUUCUACGCCUGCCUUACUGAAGAACAUGAGAUGGAAGCCCCUGGCCCUGCAGCCUAUCUUCCCCUCGAGCCCGAGCAGUAGUGGAGCCACACCCACCAGCACCCUGAGCACACCGUCCAAACGAGACAGCUGUGCCCUCCAAGAUCUCUACUUUCCCCCGCCACCAGAUGAGCCGUAUGUACCCAGAGAGGGCAGCAAAGUCAGUGACACUUCCCAGCAUGAGGUUGCUAAGCGCUCCGAGUCGCCGAACUCUUUUCUAGACCAGGAGUGCCGGCGGCGAUUUCCAAUGAUGGAUGAGGACGCAGUUCUCUACUGUUACGAGUAUGACGCAAAUCGUGGGCCUCCUCCUGUGCGCAGGGAUGGUACUAUGACAUAUGGCAAACUGAGGCCCAUCUCUAUGCCGGUGGAGUAUAACUGGGUGGGCGACUAUGAAGACCCAGCCAAGAUGAAGAAAGAGCUCAGGAGAGAGAACUCCAUGCUCCGUUACGUUGGUGAGGAUAAGCCGGGUGCUGAGGAGUACGCCAUAGGACGAAGCAGCAGCAGGCGGAGCAGGAGGAAGAAUGACAAAGGGGGAAGCCCUGCCCAUUAUGCCUUGGUUCCAGCCCUUCAGAUGGAAAUGCUGAGACAGGAGUCAGUAUCCACACCCACCUCAGAUACCUCCUCCAUCUAUCACACAUUUGAUCAGUCCUCAGUGCUGUCGAAAUCGAAGAAGAAGUUGAGAGCUGGUUCACUAUCUUCCAUCAGUAAGCGCAGGAUUUCCUGUAAAGACCUGGGACAGGGAGAUUGCGCAGGCUGGCUUUGGAAAAAGAAGGAUGCCAAGAGUUACUUUUCUCAAAAAUGGAAGAAAUACUGGGUGGUGCUGAAAGACACCUGCCUAUAUUGGUACAUCAAUGAGGAGGAUGAGAAGGCUGAAGGCUUCGUCAGUCUUCCUGAUUUCAAAAUUGACCAAGCAAACGAAUGCCGUAAGAAGUUCGCUUUUAAGGCAUGUCAUCCUAAGAUCAAGAGUUUCUACUUUGCAGCAGAUAAUGUGGAUGACAUGAACAGAUGGCUGAGUCGAUUAAACAUGGCAGCAGCAGCUCACUCGGAGCAGGAGAGGAUUCGGCAGGAUCAUGACUACUGGAGUGAGAGUGACCAUGAAGACGUCGAGAACCUGUCUUCUAAACAGAACAGCCCUCCACCACCAUACGACACCUACCCUGCCUUACAGUUAAGCCCCUAUCCUGAGCCCAAACACAUUCGGCCUCCAUCCACAGAGACUGUGCAGCCGCGGUCUCCCCACGAUGAUUUCCAGAGUGAGAACCAGCGUGCCAGCAUGAGUGGCUCCAGCUCUCCUGCGCGAAAGUCAUCCAGCCAGCGACGGUCAUGGCAGGACCUGAUUGAGACGCCCCUCACCAGUUCGGGUUUACACUACUUGCAGUCUCUGCCUCUGGAGGAUGCGGUAUUCCUGGAACCCAAUGGAGCUAUGCCUGUGGAACUUCGGCGGCAGGCCACACUGCCACCUCAGCGAUGCCAACUGCCUGAGCGUCACGCACCACUGACCCCCAGCCCACUACCUCCCGCAGCCCGUAUAGGAAGGGAAGUAAAGCACCGCAGCUUUACUCUGCCACGUGAUAGUGGCCUGCACGCCAUACUAGCAGCCACAGCAGGGCCACCUGAACACAGAGAUGUCCAGCAGCACCAUCUGGGCCAGGCAUACAGAGAUACAGGUAUGGAGCGGGAGCGCAGGCAACAGGCUGAUUCACUGUGCGACCUGUAUCGAGCUCUGGAAAGGGCCAGUCUGUCCCCUGUGAAUGAGCAUAUGCCCAGCAACCGCCUGGAGUACAAGCGCUCAUUUGUCCGGCGUGGUAACGACCCCCUGCUCAAUGAGAAGCUGCACCGCCUGCGUAUACUUCAGAACACAUUCAAGGAUGUUCCACUCAAAGAGGCUGAGACAAAGAUCAUUCAUCGGGAUGUGUAAGGAAGGCCAGUGGCAAUCAGGAGUAGCCUAGUAAACUGUAGUCUUCACAUCUGUACAUAAAGAUUCUGUAUAUUAAUGUGAGACGAGCGUUACCUCUGCUCCAGUUUUAUUCUCUUCAUCUCUGCUUUCUUGUGGAGGUAGAUUUACAUGUACACUACCAGUCAACGGUUUUUGAAGAAUAUAUUGAGCAUGUUUUCCAUCGAAGGCCUUAGUAGGUAAAGCUAAUUAUUAGACAGUGGUAAUAUUAUCUGUAACCCACAUUUCAUUAUUUCAUGUCCUCCAUUAGAGAGUAAUCUAUGUAUAGAGCUUCCCCUCUGCUGACCAUGUCUACAAGGGGUUCUUAAUUUACCAUGGAUGUGCUUGGGUGUGCUUUUGCAGGCAUUAUUUGUGUGCAUGUGUGUGAGUGUGCUCUGUGAUGCAUGAGUAAAUGAUUAUCAACUGGAACCUAAAUUGUCAUACUGUAUGUUAAGUGCAUACUGUAUAGGGGUGCUUGCUUUUAUUAAAGUAAAAAGACAAAAACCUUUCUAAGUUUACUUGUACCUAUUCUCUUCAUAUGUAUUUUAAAUUAUAACAUUGUAUAAAGCCCAAAAAAUGUAAUAUAGGACGUCAUUUAUCCAUUUUCAGUGACUACUUUUACUCUGGCCAGGGUAGAGUUGUGGAAACACUUGGCAUGUGGCAGAAAAACAUGGAUGGUCUGCCACUUCAUCAUAGAGCACCAUGAACACACGCAUGUUCGGACAGUUGGCUGUAGAUCAGAGAAUCCAGAAGAAACCCACAUAAACACAGGAAGAAUGAAUUAAAAUGCACAUGCACAUACACUACCAGGCAAAAGUUUGGACACAACUUCUAGUUCAAUGGUUUUUCCUUUUUAAUUAUUUUAUUAUUAUUAUUAUUAUUAUUUAUUUUAACAUUGGACAAUCCGUUGUCUUGUGCACAGGAAGGGUGGGUACAGAGUUAACUGCUUUUUUAAUUUGACUACAAUUACUGUACAAAUCUACAUAAUGGCAACAAACACUCAGUUAAGUAAAGAGAAAAGACAGUUCGUAGUGAUGGACGGAUGGCUUAGGAUGAGUUGGAACUGACAGUGAAGAAAAGCAGCCAACAAGUACUCAACAUCUCUAGAAACUCAUUCAAGAUUGUUGGAAAACCAUUCCAGGUGAAUACGUCUUGAACCUGUUAUUUAGGCAAAAUGCGCCUAUUUUAAAUAAUUGAAAAUAUAUAUAACUUAACACAUUUUUGU